AUGCCGAACGGUUAUAUAUCAGAUGAGAUAUUCCGGCCGACCACAAACCACGAUGGAUUAGCUAAAUUGGAGGAUAUCCUCCCAGCAUCCUUCAGAGACGAUGACCUGUCCCUGCACACCCCACUAAGAGAAAUCUCCAAAUUCUUACAUCUGGACCUCUCAGUCCAGCGCCUCAAUAACAUCCACGGGCUCCUAUGGCUAGCAGGGCGGCCUAUGCCGCCCCGACCAUUAAACUACCAGAUCUCGGUGUCGCGCGAGAUAAUCGUCGACGAAAAGACCGACAUGCACCUAGUCUGGGGCCCAGGUCGACGCAUCCACAUCAAACCACUGCCCCAAUACCUACUGGACUCCCGAUUCUGGUCUGCGCACUUAGUGUGCAAAGACAAUUGCUCGACUUCCAGUCAACAGGAGCAGCAGUCACCAGCCAACAACAAUCACUACAACAAGCUGUCAGAUUCAGGGGUCACCUGUGACAGAUGCCAUCUCACCAAAUCUGCCUUGGGCUUCCUGGCCUCCUACAUCGCCUUGAUCCAGCAUCCCAGUGACUUUGCCAUUGCCCAAUCAAGCAACCUCCUUCCAGCACGUCUGACUUGGUCCCAGUGGCGGAUGCUUGUGCAGAAUCUGCUGGAUAACGACACGACAAAUCCCAGCCGGAUAAAUAAGCGCUACAAAUUCGGUGAACUGCGUCUGUCCCGUUUGAAUAAAAUCUACGCCGUCCAGCGUGGUAAUCUCCUCCGCGGUUACCGGCCCAAGUACCAAACUUAUGGAGAGUUGUUCAAGUCGUACUUGACGCCCAUUACCGCGAUGACAGUGUACUUUGCACUCGUCUUGACUGCGAUGCAGGUGGGCCUUGGGACGGAUCGGUUAGCUCAUAAUCUGGCAUUCCAGAAUGCUUCUUAUGGGUUCACGGUAUUCUCCAUCUUGGGCCCGAUCGUGCUUCUUUUCUUUGUGCUUAUGGUGGUCUUCGCUCAUCUCGCGACGAAUACGCUGGCGACUCUUAUUUUCCGGAGAGAAAGAUUUAGUGUCCUCAGAAGGAGGAAGUCCGGGAGAGCGUAG